AUGUCGCGAGGUGGUGGUGGGGAAUACCUUGCAGCACGUCUUUAUGGCUAUGGAGUACGUGGAGCACGAGCUCAAGGUCUUGCUGGUACAACACGCCUUCGCCGUGGCGGAACAGAAGUGCUUGCUGCGGCAGCUGCUCGCGGGGGUGGCGCACCUCCACCUGAACUGGAUCGUGCACCGAGACUUGAAGACCUCGAACAUCUUGCUGGACAGGAAUGGGAUCUUGAAGAUCUGCGAUUUCGGCCUCGCGCGCCACUUCGGAGAGUGCAGUCCCUUUGGUACAGAGCACCUGAGCUUUUGCUGGGUGAAAGGACCUACAGCAGUGCCAUCGACCUUUGGAGCAGUGGCUGCAUCUUCUCCGAGAUGCUUCUGCGACGCCCCGUCUUCGAGGGCCGUGCGGAGCUUCAUCAACUGGGCCUGAUCUUCGGGCUGGUGGGUCUGCCGGACGAGGAGUCUUGGCCGGGCUGCAGCCAGCUGUCGAACUGGAAGGCGACUGAGAGCUUCAAAGAGAUCUUCGAGCCUGGCUGGCGCGAGCUCUUCGCCUUUCCACCGGAGGGUGCACUGUCAGAGCUGGGGCUGGUGUUGCUGCAAGGGCUUCUGGAGUGUUGCCCUGAGAGGCGCUUGGCAGCUGCUGCAGCAGUCGAGCAUCCUUACUUUCAGGAGGCGCCGCAGCCACAAGAGCCUGGCAUGCUUCCGACCUUCAAGGAGGGCCAUCGGGUGAUGUGCCAUUUCCAGCUCCUCGCGAGGCACCGAUGUGUGGCGAGCGAGAGGGCUGAACUCGCCCUCGUCCGCGCCAUGGUGGUGAGUGUGGGCCCAGAGCUUCAAUGGGCCGAUGAGGUGGUGUGUGAGAAGGUGGAUGGCAAGGCCCAGGACUUGGCAGGUGAGGCGGAGGUGAUCUGCCUGCUGAAUGAGUCGCGGGUGCGCAAUGCCAAGUAUGAUGUGCCUCACUAUGUGGUGGAGGGCUACUACCACGAUGAUGGGCCGCCGGCACUGGAUCAAAUCGUCGAAGCCUGCCGGCUCAUCCAUGAGAAGCUGCAGGCCAAGAAGAAGGUCUUGGUCAUUGCUCCCGCCGGAACUGAGUACAAAUCGCACAGGCAUUUCUCAGGGCUUUGUACUGCCGCCUAUCCAUUGCUGAUGCAGCUCAGCGCAGCCUUGGGUUUGGGUCGGUGGAGCUUUUGCAAACCAUUGGCCCAUAUUGGCCCUGGUGGCAGUGAUGCGCACCUAGGGAGUUGA